AUCGUGUCACACAUGGUGAGGUGCAGCGUUACAACAGGUAAUGGAGUGUGUUACAGUGUGUUACAACGUAUGACUUGAAGCCACUGCGCCGAACAGAGAGGGCCAUUCCCCUGCCAGGAUGCGUCUCACUUACCUCCGCAGAAUGACUGUCCGUCAUUUCAAAGAACUAUUGAUAUUGGCCACUGUGUGCUUUGGAUAUUACCUGGUACACUUCUGGUGGACGACGAUGUCGUUGAAAGACGCACUGCGAUGGUACUGCAAACUGCGACCGGAAGAGUACAGGGACCCCUAUAUAAAUCUGCAUCGUUAUGAAUACAAUCUGUCACCUACAGUGUGCUCCCACCAAACCUUCAACAUAUUUAUUGUUGUACAAUCAGGACUGUCAAAUACCAAACGCAGACAGGUGAUCCGGGACAGCUACGGAUCCGUCAGACGUUUCCACGGCAUGUCUUUAGGUCUGGUGUUCCUACUUGGUAGUGUGGAUGAUUCAACCCUUCAAGGGAAGAUCACCAAGGAGUUUGAAGAUCACAAUGACAUAGUGCAAGGCAACGUGUAUGAUAAUUACGCAUUUCUCAAUCAGAAACACAUCAUGGCUAUGGACUGGUUCUUGAAGAACUGCCAGUCCGACUUUGUUGCUAAGCUGGACGAUGACACGUUCCUGAAUCCAUUUCGUCUCGUGGAUUACUUGUCAAGUUUGAGGAAACCUUUACCUAAUAUGAUGUUCUGUAAAGUGAUGAAAAAUGAGAUGCCAGUUCGUGAACCGACCUCAAAAUGGCACACGCCAUGGUACCAGUACCCAUUUAAGAGAUUUCCGCCAUUUUGUUUAGGAUUCGCUUAUAUAACAACGCCGAAGGUUUGGGCGACCCUGUAUGAAGCUUCUAAAACUUACCGACAAAUGGAUAUGGAUGAUGUUUAUGUGAGUGCAGUGUUAGGAGCCUCCACAGAUCUCUACCUGAAGGAUAUCGAAGACUUAAUGUACGACUGCCUUCAACACCGAUCGUCUGUGGAUGUGGACUCAUUACGAAGGUCUGUGCUGGUAUUAGACAGGUGGAACAGCUGUGGGGACAAACCUUUUAAACACUGGGAGGGGAUAAAACAGUAAAACAAUGAGUGAGUUCCAUAAUACUGAAUAUAAUUGUCAUAUAUUCAAAAUU